UUUAAGCAGGUCGCGCGGAUCGUCUUCGUUUUGCCCCCACUUGCCCCCCUACGGAUCGCGUUCCCGUUAACGUGAAUAUGAAAGUAAAAGUACGAAGAGUACUACCAGCACAUUCGACUCUUAAUUGAUUUGCAAACUUUGGGCAAUUCCGAGAAACAACUCAGAGAGAGAGAGGGAGAGCGAUAACGAGGGAGAGUGACAGAAGCAGUGAGAAAAGUGACACGAGAUUUGAAACAUCAACGGAAAAGUUGUCCAAUUUCCUGCCUGCUGUGUGAAUACGAAAAUCCACAAGACGAUGACGGCCAUCGGUGAGCCAGCAGGCGCCAGGGAGGAGGGCUCCUCCGGUGCUCCAGCCACCCUAAUCACAACACCCACGACCAUAAAUGCACCCACAUCGAUACCCGUGCUCAGUGAUGUGCCCAUGCCGAAUGGCAAUGGCAAUGGGAGUGGAACUGGAACUGGAACGGGGAAUAACUUCAAGAGCAGCAUUGUCAUUGAUAGCCAACCCAAGCGGCGUGUGAGCAUUAUCUCGGAUCCGCCUAUGAUGGCUGGUGGUGCAGGAAUUGGCGGUGCCUCAGGUCCCGGCGCCGGACACGAUAACCUUGCCUUCGAGCAAAAUCCCAGGCGUAAAAUUUCACAGACCUCCACACACUCGCACACGGACAUUGGACCGGCGCGAAGGAAGAGCAUACUGAAGGACCCAGCCACAACCACGCACGACAACGAGAGCGAUCGGGUUUCAACGCACAGUUAUGACAACUACCGACAGAGUGCGCUGGACGUGCUCAAUGCCAAAUACAAUGGCCAUCAGGCGGCCCACAGCUCGGCGGGUGGCAGCAAUAGUGGCGCCAACUAUGUGGAGCAGUCCUGGAUGUACACAUUCUGUUUGAAGUGUCGCGGCGAGGAGCCAUCGGCAUCGUGGGAGCCACCCUUUUGGCAGAAGAUCUUCCCCUAUCCGCUGUGUCCCACCUUCAGGACAUUCUCGCGACUGGUGUCCAUUAUUCUUAUAGGUGUCCUCAUUUGGAUCACGGCAUUUGUUAUCAUUGGCGACUCGGCUGCCCCUGGUGGACAGCUGUUUAGCCUGGUCGUCCUCACUGUGGCCGCCAACUUUGGUGGCUAUCUGAUAUCUCUGACCACCCUGCCGCGGCUCAUUGGCAUGCUCCUGGUGGGCAUACUCUUUCAGAACGUGGGCUGGGUCAAUCUCGACGGUGACUUCUCGAAGGUGACGGCCCACCUGCGUAAGUUUGCGCUGACCAUUAUCCUGACUCGAGCUGGACUCGAAAUGGAACCGGAAGCCUUCAAGAAAGUCUACAAAACAAUACUUAAGCUGGGCAUCAUUCCAUGGUGCGUGGAGGCCGUCAUUGUGGCCGUGAUGUCGCACUUUCUGCUCGAUCUGCCGUGGAUCUGGUCGUUCCUGCUAGGCUCCAUCAUCGCUGCCGUCUCGCCUGCUGUGGUGGUGCCCUGCCUGUUCCGUUUGCGAACGAAGGGCUACGGCGUGGCCAAGGGCAUUCCCACGCUGGUGGUGGCUGUGGCCGGCGUGGACGAUGCUCUGUCGGUGGCCAUCUUCGGCAUCAUCAGCACCGUGAUGUUCUCGGACAAGGGACUGGCCUAUCAGAUUGCCCAGGCACCGGUCUGCAUACUGGGCGGCCUCGGAUUCGGCGUCGUCUGGGGAAGUCUGGCGCGAAUCUUCCCCGAGAAGGGCGACGCCUAUGUGGUGCCGCUGCGAACGCUGCUCCUCUUCACCGGCGGCUUGAUGGCCAUCUAUGGCAGCGAGGAGCUGGGCUUCGAGGGUGCCGGCCCCCUGGCCGUUGUCUUCUCUGCAUUUGUGUCGAAUCUGUUCUGGUGCAAGGAUGGCUGGGAUGUGGAGGAUAACCCGGUGUCCACCGCCUUCGAGAUCUUCUGGAUGAUCUUCGAGCCCAUUCUGUUCGGCAUCACCGGCUCCACCAUUAAGAUACGCGAGCUGGACUCGCACACAGUCUCCAUUGGAGCCGCCUGCAUCUUCACCGGCGCCAUUCUGCGCAUCUUCACCACGGCUGGCAUUGCCUUCGGCGAUCGCCUCAACCUCAAGGAGAAGUUCUUCGUCGGCCUCUCCUGGAUGGCCAAGGCCACGGUCCAAGCGGCCCUGGGACCGGUGGCCCUCAAGCAUCUCGACGAGAACUCUACGGAUGAGGAGCGCAACUAUGCCAGCAUUGUGCAGACGAUCUGCGUCUUCAGCAUUGUGCUGACAGCACCGCUGGGUGCCAUUCUGAUAUCCGUGACGGGCACAAAGCUGCUGACCAAGACGAAACAGCCGCAGGAUCUCACCGGCUGGCGACGCAGCCAUCGUCCGUCCAUACGCGAUAUCAGCAUCAUCGAUGAGGAGGAGGAGCGCGAAGAUCCCGAAAUACCCGAAGACAAAGAGACGCACGACAACACGCUCAACAAUGCACACAUCCCGAGCAUUUCCUAUACGUAUAACAAUUGAAAUGGAAAGAUCGCUUUCCUUCUUGUUGAUUGAUUGAUUGAUUGUGUUGAUUGUUUUCUUAUUGUACACUAGCCGUAAGACUGGACUUUGCAUUCCGAAAUAAAUGAUUAAGUAAAUC